ACGUCGCUCCGUCGGUGUGUUUCUGCCCGUGAGAUCUACGAACAUGGAGGCCGGAGAGGCCGCCGAGGGGGAGAAGACCGGCUCUCUGUCGGUGGCGCAGCGCAGGGCCGAGAUCCGCCGGAGGAAGCUGCUCAUGAACUCCGAGGACCGGAUGAACCGAAUCGUCGGCUUCACCAAGCAAGAGACUGACAACAACGCCGCGGCGCUCCUGCGUGCCUCUGAGCCACGGUUCCACCUGGACCUGGACCGGGCCGAGCCGCGCUCGUCCUCCUCGCCGCCCCCCUUCCUGUCGGAGGCCUCGGCGCCCGGCGGCCGGUCCCGCGGCUCCACGCCGGAGCGGACGGGCUCGCCGGAGCCGGACUCCGGCGGCGAGCCGCUGGGUGUCGGGGAGAUCCGCCAGAGGCCGAGAGGGGAGCGGGCGCCGGGGGACGAUGGCCACGGCGACGGCUCGCCGCGCCGCGGCCUCCAGAAGUACCUGUCCCGCUUCGACGACGCCAUGAAGCUGCGCGGCCAGCUGGCCGACGAGAAGCCGUCGCCGGACGGCGCGGCGCCCGAGCCGGACGAGUUCGAUCCCUUCCGACUCUUCCGGCUCGUCGGCAGCGUCCUCCUCGCCGUGUUCGCCCGCGGCUUCGUCUGCACGUUUCUGUCGAUAUUCGCUCCGUUUCUGACCCUGGAGCUGGCCUACAUGGGGCUCUCCAAAUACUUCCCCACGGUGGAGAAGAAGGCUCAGACCACCGUGCUGACCACCGCCCUGCUGCUGUCCGGCAUCCCCGGCGAGGUCAUCAACCGCUCCAUGGACACCUACCGGAGGAUGGGCGACGUCUUUGCCGACCUCUGCGUCUACUUCUUCACCUUCAUCCUGUCGCACGAGAUCCUGCUGCUCGUCGGCUCAGAGACUCCCCCGACGGACCCGGGAGGAUCUCCGUAACUCCGCCCCCUUUCUCGUCCACCCUGGCGCCCGGCGAGUCCAUGCGGCCGCUGGUCCAGGAUUCCACACGUGCUAAAGCUACACAGAGUCUCGAGGUUGUUGUUUUUAGAGGGACGGCUGUUCUAAAAAAAUCCACUUCUGGCUUAAAUGAAAGUGAAUUGAUGUUAUAAUUAAUUAUUGAUUCUAAUUAAUCAGCAUAAAGCUUUUCCCGUCGUGCACGACAUCGUCACCUCUGCACCUCAACAGGUAGAUAACCACCGAUGGCGCCCACCGUGGAGGUCCAACACAAAGUUUCCUUUUUUUUAUUUUAAACAAAAGUGUAAAUUACAUGAAAGGUUUUGCAAUAUUUAAUUUUCUGAGAUAUUUUUCUGACUUUAUUCUCAGGAGUCAGAUUUUUUUUUCUUUCAUUCUUUUGUUAAUAUUUGCUCAAAAGAUCUCAAAAUUCAAUUUAUUUAUUUUAUCUCUCCAACUGUGGCCCUUCUCUUUUCCAUCUACGACAUUAGCUAGAAAGAAGUAAACUAUUCAAGGACAAAAGACGCACUUCUUGGUAUUUCUCAAGGCGACGUCCUUCAGUCGGAGAUCAAAGAGGAUUUCAGUAAUGUUUCAUCACCUCAUGAUUGAGUCUCUCUUCCUUUUUUGUGUAUUUAAAGUCAGAGGAAGCAUUUUAAUUCUUGAAUUAAAAAAAUUAAGUUUUCUUUUGCACGGCCAAGAGCUUAAAAAACGCAGGAAGCUUAAAACUUUUGGGGGAAGUGUUUAGUUUGUGUUGAGUAGGUGACGUGUUCCAUAUGUACGCUCUUUCUGUGCUUAGUUCUCUCUCUCUCAAUGUAUUUCAUCAUGUCUCACCUUCUUGAUUGUUUUUGAUAAUGUUUACAGCAUCUUACUUCAGUGUUGACGUGAUGUAAACAGUCUGAUAAAAGACAGUAAUAUGACAUGAAUAAUGGGACAAUUCAAACCAAAUAAAUACAACUACUUGUGUGA